AUGGAAUCACCAGUUAUUCGAGAAUUAAAAAUUUUGCUUUUUGAAAAUAUGAACAAGAGAUUUCCGGUGCUUCCAUUAAAUAUUUGUGGUUUUUUACUUGAUCCAUCACAACUCAAAAUUGAUAUUACUCGCUAUCUAACUUCAAAUCAAACAACAAAAGAAUUAAUAUUAUUAGAAAUGAUUAAAAAAUUUAAAAUUCAUCUCGUUCCACAAGCAUUUACAACAACAGAAAAUAUUUCGACGCGUACAUCAUCUUCACAUUCAACAGCAUCUACAACAACAUCAUCUUAUAUUAUGAAACGUAGUUUAUCAGUCGAAAAUUUGAGCGAACCAGUUCAAAAUUUGAAAAGACUACGUGAAAAUUUAAUUCAAAAACACACACCAAAUUCAAUACUCGUUGUUGAUCCUAUUGCAAAUGAAAUAGAGAAAUAUUUAAAACUUGAUAUUAAUUGUGAUGAUGUACUUCAAUUUUGGCGAUUAUCAGCAGACAAUUUUCCUCAUUUAAAAGUUCUUGCUCAAAUUGUUCUUGCAAUUCCAGUUACAUCUACACCAAGCGAACAAAUUUUUUCAACAACGGGUUUAAUUCUCAAUGCUAAAAGAACAAUGUUAUCUCCAGAGAAUGUUGGUAAAAUACAAAUGAUCCAUGAUAAUUAUAAUAUAUUUAAACCGACUUAG